AGGCAGAAUUUUUGUCUGUGCGAAGUGAUCUUGUUGAGCCCGUAAUUGCAGCGUCUCCGGCAACCUGAGAUCCAAGAUCGACCUUCUAGUACAUCGUAUGUACAUCGCUUAUAAUCAUCAUUUGCAGCUGCAUAGAAAAAGCAUUUUGUGUUUUCCUACGUACUGAAUCUUCAUCAGUACUUCCUUAUAUUCAUAAUUAACUUUACUACUUAAAUCGAACUGAAUUACAGAGAACGAAAGUGUAUGAUAGGAGCUCCUUUUCAGAGUGGAAGAGGUUCAGUUGUUUUUCAUUGGUUUUUUCCAGAAAUAAGCGUGCACUACUAAACUAUCAGAAAUUGUUUGCAAGAACCUGUCUUGUGUUAUUCUUGUAAGGGAUUGAGUCACACUCACAACAUUUUUACAAGCACAUCGUCUAGUAUUUUUUUCACUCACUCCUCAAUAUCGUCAUACCUUCCUGUUGUCUCCUGAAGAAUCACAGUCAGCUAUUUUAUUUCUUCUUUUCUUAGUCCCACCAAGCGAUUUCGAUCAAGAUGUGGGUCUCGUCCCGAAAAAAAGGGGCCACAACUGGUAGUUGGUGGUCGCCUCGCUUCUCCGUAGGAGCUCUUUUGGGGUGCGGAGUGGUCGGCUUAGUUGUAUUGAGUGCUCUUUCGUCGCCUGUGCAUGCCAAAAACGCGUCUCCGGGUAAGCAGGGCAACGACAAAGCCAUCAUCGACGGCCCUGUUGUUGGUAUCGAUUUGGGAACAACUUACUCCUGUGUCGGUAUUUACAAGAACGGCGGCGUUGAAAUCAUCCCGAACGACCAGGGCAACCGAAUUACGCCGUCUUACGUCGCGUUUACCGAAGGUGAUGACGAUGCCUCAGACGCCACUGGUCCCCAAAGACUACUUGGCGAAGCUGCAAAGCAGCACUCUCUCGUGAGGCCCGAACAAGCUCUGUUCGAUGUGAAACGGUUGAUCGGUCGCAAGUACACGGACAAGAGCGUGCAGAGCGACAAGAAGUUGUUGCCCUACGCAAUCGUCGAUAAGGCGGGGAAGCCUUAUGUGCGUGUUCAGGUGAAGGGGGAAUCGAAGGACAUGUCUCCGGAAGAGGUAUCGGCUUUGGUUCUGACGAAGAUGAAGCAAACGGCCGAAAAUUACUUGGGCAAGGAGGUGAAGCAUGCAGUGAUCACGGUUCCGGCUUACUUCAACGACGCACAGCGCCAGGCAACCAAGGAUGCGGGAACCAUUGCUGGCUUGAACGUUCUGCGAAUCAUCAACGAGCCGACAGCCGCGGCUAUUGCCUAUGGCUUGGACAAGCAGACCGAAAAGAACAUUUUGGUUUACGAUUUGGGUGGUGGCACGUUUGAUGUGUCCUUGUUGACCAUUGACCACGGCGUUUUCGAGGUUUUGGCCACGAGUGGCGACACGCAUUUGGGUGGUGAGGACUUUGAUCAGCGUCUGAUGCAGCACUUCAUGGAACGUUUCAAGAAGUCCACUGGUUCAGACAUGUCGAAAGACAAAAAAGCGAUCCAGAAACUGCGUCGCGAGGUCGAAAAGGCCAAACGCGCUCUGUCUUCCACUGCUUCCACCCAAGUCCGCGUCGAGUCUCUGUUCCAGGGUAAGGAUUUGGACGAUACGUUGACGCGUGCAAAGUUUGAACAGUUGAAUGACGAUUUGUUCAAAAAGACGCUGAAACCGGUGGAACAAGUCCUCUCUGAUGCCAAGUUGCGGAAGUCCGAAGUCGAUGAAAUUGUCUUGGUUGGUGGAUCCACGCGUAUUCCCCGGGUCCAAAGCUUGAUCAAGGACUUUUUCAACGGCAGAGAGCCCAAUCGCGGCAUCAAUCCGGAUGAAGCAGUCGCCUACGGCGCCGCGGUGCAGGCAGGGAUUAUGUCUGGAGCGGCGGGUGAGAACAACAUCGUGGUGUUGGACGCGGCGCCUUUGACUUUGGGCAUUGAGACUGUCGGUGGCGUGAUGACCAAGUUGAUUGCACGCAACACCGUGAUUCCGACGAAGAAGUCGCAAAUCUUCUCGACGUACCAGGACAACCAACCUGCAGUGAACAUCCAGGUUUUUGAAGGGGAGCGUCCGAUGACCAAGGACAACCAUCCGUUGGGCAAUUUUGAGCUUGGUGGAAUUCCGCCAGCUCCGCGUGGACAGCCGCAGAUCGAGGUCACUUUCGAGAUUGACGCAAACGGCAUCUUGAACGUUGCUGCGGAGGACAAAGGAACCGGAAAGUCUGAGAAAAUCACGAUCACCAAUGACAAGGGUCGUCUCACCGAGGAGGAGAUCGAACGUAUGGUCCGCGAAGCCGAAGACUUUGCCGAAGAAGACCGCUUGGUCAAGGAGCGCAUCGACGCUAAGAACGCUUUUGAGUCCUACAUGCACGGUCUGAAAUCGGCCAUGCAAACCGGCGCUGAUGGCAAGGGCUUGGCCGCCAAGAUGGACGAAGAGGACAAGGAGAAAGUGAUCGAGGCUUUGGAGGACGGUCAAUCCUGGUUGGAUUCCAAUGGUUCGGAGGCUGAUGCCGAUGAUAUCAAGGAAAAGCAGAAGGAAGUGGAGGAGAUCUGCGCUCCGAUCGUCUCGAAGUACUACGGAGGGGCAAACGGGGGUGGAAACCCAGGACAGGGGGACGAUGAUGACGACGCGGACCACGACGAGCUCUAAGAGCACCAGCUCUGUGAGAUUGGUAUACUAUAAGAGUACUGGGAAACUUGACAAAUUAGAGGAGGAUUUCGAAGGAGGAUUUCUACUUCUUUCAAGAAGUGGAGUGCUCCGGUGUCAACAUGUGGAGGAUGAUUGAACAGAAGCAGAACAUUAUUAUAUCCACAAGAAGAGGAGUACUUUUGCUCAGCUACGAGGAGAGUGCGUAAAGGUUAUGGGAUGAAAGUCAUAACGGAUUUAUUUAGGCAUACACAAAUAGCUAUCGAAUCGCUCAGGUUCUCGGUCUAAUUGAAUUUUUGACUUUGAGGUAUUUGCAAAGGUAGAGAGAAAAGUUGCGCAUUCGAAUGACUCCCUAGAAAGCAUGGCUGAAUUUUACCCUUUCAUCUGGAAGUAGUAGCAAGAAUAAUAGGAAGUAUUGCAAGUACGCAGACGGAAAUAUUAUAGCUUUGAGCUCUCAUGAUUUGAAGAUGAGCAACAGAACAUCCCGUGCAAGAUAAGGCGUUAUCUUCCCGUACUUAGAUAACGAUUUAAACAAUGUACUAGGAUCGAUAUCGAAAACGGUUGCGGAUAGGUGCGCUGUAUUGUGAGAAUGCUUUUACGGACUAGAAUAGAUCCCGGACUAGAAUAGAUCGUGCACAGUUGAAUUUUAUUGACUACAAUUAGGGAUAGGGAGACCUCCAUGUAUCCGCCACACAUCUAGGUCUUUUUAAAGCUAGAAAGCGCAAGUAUUGGGGUAAGGAUGUAUGUGGGAAAGCAUCGGGGUCUUCGGCGCGAAAAAGGUGAAUAGAAGCAGACGAUAUCCACCACGUAAGAAAGGUAAGUAUAGUUUGAAUGGUCAAGGAAACAAUUGCCAGUUGUGCUAGAGUAUCGGCUAGGCUAUCGAUCCUAGACGCAAUAUGUGGGAGUUGUUGUACUGACCUGGUGUGUGUCAUUUCGAUGAUGCUGCCAAAAAACUUUCGUAUACGAUAAUCCUCCAACUGCGAAUAAUCUCCAAAUUUUGGUGGUUGAUGCAGUUAGAAACUUUUGACGUGGAGGUAUUUCCUUAUUUUUUGUGUGGUGGCGUCUAGGCAUGUAUUCAGGAUUGUAAGGAGAAGGAGUU